AUGGCAGAGAGAAUUCACAUACCUAAUGAAGACAUCAAUAAUGAAGAUAGUAACGAUAUCGGAACAAAACCCUCUUCGCCAAAUCGAAGAAAACGUUCGUUCUUUGACUUAAACGAAGAAGCGGUAGACGAUGGAGAUGAUGAUCAUGUGACAUUACUUGUUAGUGAUGAAGACCCUAAUAGUGACGAGAUAAGCAACACUGGGAGAUCAUCGCAAGAGGAGAUUUUAAGUAGCAAUGAUCAUAAUUCAAGCGAUCAAGAAGGGAAAGCGCGCGGAAGUACGGUAAGACAAUAUGUUAGGUCGAAAAUGCCUAGGCUUCGAUGGACUCCCGAUCUUCAUUUAUCUUUUGUGCAUGCUGUUGAGAGGCUUGGAGGCCAAGAAAGAGCAACACCCAAGUUGGUUCUCCAAUUGAUGAAUGUGAGAGGACUUAGCAUUGCACAUGUGAAGAGUCAUUUGCAGAUGUAUAGGAGUAAAAAACUUGAUGAGUCUGGCCAAGUUUUAUCCCAGAAAAAUAGAGAAAUGCAAGGAAAGCAUCAUCAUAUUUUGGAUAUGUAUGGAAGGUUUAAUGUUCAAGGACACUUUGGUGUUAAUAAUAACAACUAUUUUCACACAUAUAAUGAAAUCAAAGCUCACAGCACUUCAAGGUUUCAUCAGAGUGGGUUUUUCAAUAAUCAAGUGAUCUUAAGAUCAAAUUCAGUGUGGGACAAAGAUUUAUAUAAGAGAAGUUCACAUAUAUUUGAUCUAAAAGAUGCAAUAACAAGAAAUAAUAAUGGACCUAUAAAUUCUACUCAAAUAAAUCAAUUACUAGCUGAAGGAAACAACUGGCCUCCUCGAUUACAAGGAAGUGAAAAUCAUGAAUUUAAAAGCUUGUUUCGAGAUGAUCAUAGUACACACCAUUUUUCAUGGAGUCCUAUCUUCACUAAGGUACAUGAUAAAAAGGAUGAAAUACUAGAAUUCAAACACCAAACUCGAGUAUCAAAGAAAGAGUACUCACCAAAUUUCUUAGAACUAAAGCUAAGUCGAGAUUCAGAAAUUAGUGUUAAGAAUCAGACAAAUAUGAAUCAAGCAGACAAAGAAGAAACACAUGUAGUCCUCUCUCUUUAG